CGACGCGAAGCACAGACAUUAUUCACUGUGAUUCCAGGAAGAUUACUGCAGGAAUUUAAGAAGGAAGCGAGACGGACAGAGAAAGAAAUCUAGAGAAUGCUGCUAUCUGGAGGACCAUGAAUCCUCAUGUAGGAUAAAGCAGUUUGGACAAGUGUGGACACAUGAAUCGCAGAUAAACUGUCAAUCAUGACCCGCACCAGUGCUCGGCAGGACGCCAGAUAGCUGCUCUCCCCUCCAUCCUCAAACAUCAAUCUACAGGAAUCCAUCAGAAGACUUUCAGUGAAAACUUCAAUUGGGAUAAAAAUAGAAACAACCCUCUGCCUGUGCCUGACACUCCGACCGAUGGAGAGACGACAGAUCGAGUCUGGAUAGAGCAGAUAGAGAAAAUAAGAGCAGAAAUUCGUGCAGUCUUGCAGAAGUGGUUGUGCUGAGCUGGCAGGGUUGUGAAUCUGCUUUGGAAGGUUUUUUCUCUGCACGAAUUUCCCCCAGUAAAAGAGAAACACUGUACAUGGACAGCGAUCUCAGUGUUCAUUUGCCUAAUAAACGAGAGUAACAAUCAGACAUCUGCGCUGGAGUGGAUUUACUCUGAGACUUUUGAGAUCAGAUCAAGAUGGGUAAAAUGAAGACAAAGUGUUGGUGCUCUCUGUGGCCAGUAGUAUUAUCUGGACUCUUUCUGUCCGCAGGGGCCCUUGAAUUUGGCGGGGCACCCGGUCAGUGGGCGCGUUAUGCCCGCUGGGAGGCGGGCUCCAUUGGAGAGCUCAGCUUUAGCUUGAAAACCAACGUGAGCAAAGCACUGGUGCUCUACCUCGAUGACGGCGGCAACUGUGAUUUCCUGGAGCUGCUCAUCGGCGGCGGACACCUGCAUCUGCGAUUCGCCAUCCACUGCGCAGAACCGGCCACGCUGCAGAUGGAGACGCGCGUCAACGACGACCGCUGGCACAUGGUUCUACUCACCCGAAACUACCGUGAGACCAUGCUCAUGGUGGACGGGGAGACAAAAGUGGCUGAAGUGCGUUCCAAGCGCAAGGAGAUGGCCGUCGUCAGCGACCUGUUCGUGGGCGGGAUUCCUCCGGACGUCCGUCUGUCCGCUCUCACGUCCAGCACGGUGAAAUACGAGCCUCCUUUUCUGGGUUUAAUCUCCAACCUGAAGGUGGGCGAGAUGCCUCCGACUCUGCUCAACAGCAACGGCAUUCAGAACGACCUUGAGUAUCUGUGCAGUAAGCAGAACCCGUGUCUCAAUGGAGGAUACUGCAGCGUUCAGUUUGGAGAAGUGCAAUGUGACUGCUCACACACUCGCUUCAGAGGGAAAUACUGCAAAGAAGAAGAAUUCGCAGUGGAAGGUCUGGCGCACCUGACGUUAAACAACCAAGGUGACUCAGCUCAAGUGGGUAUAGAGGAAUCGGUGGCCACCUUCAAAGGAAACGAGUUUUUCUGCUACGACCUGUCGAUGACGCCGAUCCAGAGCAGCACCGAUGAAAUCACGCUGUCUUUCAGAACACUGCAGCGUAACGGUCUGAUGCUUCACACGGGAAAAUCGGCGGACUACGUCAACCUGUCGCUGAAGAGCGGCGCUGUUUGGCUCGUCAUCAACCUCGGCUCCGGUGCCUUCGAGGCCCUCGUGGAACCAGUGAACGGGAAGUUUAACGACAAUGCUUGGCACGAUGUUAAAGUCACCCGAAACCUGCGACAGCACUCAGGCAUUGGACACGCUAUGGUCACUAUCUCAGUGGAUGGUAUAUUGACCACCACUGGUUACACACAGGAAGACUACACAAUGCUCGGCUCCGAUGACUUCUUCUAUAUCGGUGGAAGUCCGAACACGGCGGAUCUGCCCGGAUCGCCCGUCAGCAACAACUUCAUGGGCUGCCUGAAAGAUGUGGUGUACAAGAACAACGACUUCAAGCUGGAGCUGUCCCAUCUGGCCAUCGAGAGAGACCCCAAGAUCAGUCUCCACGGAGACCUGGUGUUCCGCUGCGAGGACGUGGCGGCCCUCGACCCCGUGACCUUUGAGACACCCGAGUCUUACAUCGCUCUUCCGCGGUGGGACACCAAGAAAACCAGCUCCAUAUCGUUUGAUUUCCGCACCACAGAACCGAGCGGACUGCUGCUCUUCAGUCACGGGAAACCACAGAGCACGAAAGAGCAGCGGCCCGGCCGCGAGAUGAAGAGCGAUUAUUUCGCCAUGGAGCUGCUGGACGGCUUUUUAUUCCUGCUGAUGGACAUGGGAUCAGGGAGUAUCAAACUCAAGACCAGCAACAAGAAAGUCAAUGAUGGGGAAUGGUGUCACGUUGACUUCCAGAGAGAAGGGAGAAAGGGGUCGAUCUCUGUGAACAGCCGCUCGAUUCCAUUCAACGCAAACGAGGGCAGUGAGAUUCUGGAUCUGGACAGUGACAUGUACCUGGGCGGAUUACCUGAGACUCGUCAGGGUCUGAUUCUGCCGCCCGAAGUCUGGACCGCACUGCUCAACUACGGUUACGUGGGCUGUGUCCGUGACCUCUUCAUCGACGGGAAGAGUCGUGACGUGCGUCGGCUCGCGGAGAUCCAGAGCGCUCCGGGCGUUAGCAGCUUCUGUACGCGCGAGCUGCAGAAACGGUGCAGCAGCGCCCCCUGUGCCAACGGAGGACAGUGCAAGGAGGGCUGGAACCGCUACAUCUGUGACUGCACUGGCACCGGUUACCUGGGAUACAACUGUGAGAUCGAGGCGACGGUGUUGAGUUAUGACGGCAGUAUGUAUCUGAAGAUCAUCAUGCCCGGCACAAUGCACACAGAGGCGGAGGACGUGGCGUUGAGGUUCAUGUCUCAGCGAGCAUACGGUCUGCUCAUGGCCACCACUUCUAAAGAGUCAGCCGACACCCUACGCCUGGAGCUGGACGGAGGACGCAUCAAACUUACCGUUAACCUCGACUGUAUCAGGAUAGACUGUAACCUCAGUAAAGGUCCAGAGAUUUUAACUGCUGGUCAGAAACUGAAUGAUAACGAGUGGCACUCAGUGAAAGUGAUCCGGCGCGGCAGAAACCUGCAGCUGUCUGUGGACAACAUCACUGUAGAAGGUCAGAUGACGGGCGAUCACACUCGCCUAGAGUUCCACAACAUCGAGACGGGCAUCAUGACCGAACGCCGCUUCAUCGCCAUCAUCCCGUCCAACUUCAUCGGGCACCUGCAGGGUUUGACGCUCAACGGCGUGCCGUAUCUGGACCAGUGCAAGAACGGCGACAUCUCGUACUGCGAGCUGAACGCCCGCUUCGGCAUGCGCCACAUCAUCGCCGACCCCGUGACCUUUCGAAAUAAAGGCAGUUACUUGGCGCUGGCGACGCUGCAGGCGUACGCGUCCAUGCAUCUGUUCUUCCAGUUCAAAACCACCUCGACCGACGGUCUCCUGCUCUUCAACAGCGGCGACGGCAGUGACUUCAUCGUGGUGGAACUCGUGAAAGGGUAUAUCCACUACGUGUUUGAUUUGGGUAACGGACCGUCGCUUAUGAAGGGCAACUCCGACAAGCCGCUGAACGACAAUCAGUGGCAUAACGUGGUGGUUUCCCGAGACACCAGUAACGUGCACACGCUAAAGAUCGACUCACGCACCGUGACGCAGCACUCUAACGGCGCACGGAAUCUGGACCUCAAAGGAGAGCUGUUCAUCGGUGGAGUCGCCAAAAGCAUGUACAACAGUCUGCCGAAGCUGAUUGCGUCCCGGGACGGGUACCAGGGGUGUUUGGCCUCUGUUGACCUGAACGGCCGUUUGCCUGACCUGCUUGCAGACGCCCUCCACAGGGUCGGACAGGUGGAUCGAGGAUGUGAUGGACCGAGCACGACGUGUACGGAGGACUCGUGUCAUCAUCAGGGGGUGUGUCUGCAGCAGUGGGAGGGCUUCUCUUGUGAUUGCACCAUGACGUCCUACGGAGGCUCGUACUGCAGCGAUCCUGGGACGACAUACAUCUUCGGGCGUGGAGGAGCCCUCAUCACCUACACGUGGCCCCCGAACGACCGGCCGAGCACACGAGCAGACCGGCUGGCCGUGGGCUUCAGCACGCAGCUCAAAGAGGCGGUGCUGGUGCGGGUGGAGAGCGCCAAGGGUCUCGGAGACUAUCUGGAGCUUCACGUAGAGCGAGGGAGAGUGGGCGUGAUCUUUAACGUGGGAACGGACGACAUCGUCAUCGAGGAAAGCGGCGUGAUGGUCAGCGACGGGAAAUAUCACGUGGUGAGAUUCACGCGCAGUGGUGGGAACGCAACUCUACAGGUGGACAAUCUGCCCGUGCUCGAACGCUUCCCAUCAGGGAACUUUGAUAGUGAACGGCUGGCUAUUGCUAGACAAAGAAUCCCAUACCGACUCGGUCGGGUAGUUGAUGAGUGGCUACUCGACAAAGGUCGUCAGCUGACGAUAUUUAACAGCCAGGCGUUCAUUAAGGUGGGCAGCGGCGAGAAGGGUCGUAAUUUCCAGGGUCAGAUCUCAGGUCUGUAUUAUAACGGCCUGCAGGUGCUGAAGCUGGCAGCAGAGGGCGACCCCAACGUUCAGGUGCAGGGUAACCUGCGUUUGGUGGGCGACGUGCCGUCCGUCAUGACCACGGACACCACAUCCACCACGCCCCUCGCCGACAUGUCCACCACCAUCAUGGAGACCACCACAACCAUGGCAACCACCACCACGCGCAAACAACGCUCGCCAACGCUCAAAGACAGCGUCACACAGAAUACUGAUGAUCUGUUAGUGGCGUCGGCUGAAUGUCCCAGUGAUGAUGAAGAUCUUGAGGAGUGUGAACCUGGAAACGGAGGUGAACUAGUGUUGCCCAUUAUAACAGUGGAUUCCCUCGAGUCCCCUUCAAUUGCAACACGUUACCCCAUUUUUCCCCCGCCCCCAACCUAUCGCCCCUUCCUCACCCUGCUUGACACCACCAAAGUGUCCCUGCCGCUGCCCGGUCGACCCCCCUGUCCGCCGGACCAGGAGGACUGCGAAGAACCCAUGGAGGUCUCAGCGUACGGUUCGGGCGAGAUGACCGAGUCCGACGAUGAGGACUAUUAUAAAAACUCGCCCCUCGUCACCGACCGGACUGUUCUUCCGCCUCCCCCCACAGCCAACAAACCCCGGAGUGGCGACCGCCACUUCUCUCGUUUACCCAACUCCCAUCAGCCGCCGCUCACGUUCACCCCAACGGCGCCCCCAGAACAGCUCGUCCCCCGCCUCAAACCUGGCAUCAACAGUGGCCCCAACAUCCCUGCGGGUAAAAUGAACACCCGUGACCAGGUGCUGCUGCCGCCCGUGCAUCCGUCAGGCGACCCUGAACAUGGCGGGCGGCAUCGACAUAUACCAGGUAUAACGUAUCCUCCCAAUUUCCCCCAUGUGCCCACUACAGACCCCUCGUCGCCUGAUAGAGGGCCACCAGGAGCAGUGGAGGUGAUCCGAGAGUCCAGCAGCACGACGGGUAUGGUGGUGGGCAUCGUAGCCGCAGCAGCGCUCUGCAUCCUUAUCCUCCUCUACGCCAUGUACAAGUAUCGCAACCGUGACGAAGGCUCCUACCAGGUGGACCAGAGCCGCAAUUACAUUAGCAAUUCAGCCACACAAAGCAACGGCGCUCUAGUGAAGGAAAAGCAGCCUGGCGCCGCCAAGACGGGCACAAAGAGUAAGAAAAACAAAGACAAGGAGUAUUACGUCUGAGCUCAGCCUCCAAGAGGGAUGGAGGAGGAGGAGAGAGGCAUUUGAGAAGGAGACAGGUUGGGGAAUGGAAAGUUGGCGGUCGUAUUUCGAACGUCGAUAUCCGUCUCAUUUACUUUCCCAGUCCAAGUUGUUGGAGGGUUUGGAAUCGUUCCCUCGCUAAUUCCCUUUUUUGAUAGCUAAUCCCAAUACAUAAUUCCACCUCUGAUUUUGUACUGAUGGAAAGUGGAACUCUUUCCACGCUCUCUAGUUUGUUUGUAAAUAUUCAGAUCAUCUCCUAACCUGAGGUCAAAAGCUAGCCAAGUUGGGGCGAUUCAUUGUUGGCCCAUUAGAUUGAGAAUCCUUUGAAGAUUAGAGCCGUUGAAUUGGAACGAGUUGGCGUAGGUGACAUUUCGGGAACAGAUGGCGAUGAAAUCAUUUAGCGGUCGCACUCUUCGGUAAUAUUGCCAAACCAGCUCUGUGUCAAAUCCGACUCCAAGUUUUCAUCCUUGAUCUCUCUCCCGUUCUUGGCUUGUUCUCUCUUCUUCUCCUCGUCCUUGGUGCUCAGGAGCAGAUGCAACGUAAAUCUGUUGUGUUUCCAGCAUGUGGUAUUCUAAACGAAAAGAGACUAAACUGUUUCUGUGGAGUCAAACCAAUUAAUAUAUAUAUCAACUAGCAAAACUUGAGAACUACUAAACAUCUGUGGACGAUCCCUUCAGCCGAGGCCCAUGGUCACCCCAUGUUCCAGCAGAUAUUCGUCAUGUGUUUUAAGGGGUUGCACAGGGGUCUGUGAAGGAUCUUGGUUUCUGCUCAAAGUACCACAUACAAGAACCUCACAAACAUCCCUCAACAAGAACGUGACUCAAUUCCAGAAAGAUAUAUCGAUAUACAGAUAUUUCAGAAAAGAUGGACCUCACUGAGAAGGAAUGGUUGUGAACAGAGACACUAAUUCCUCCUCGAAUCUCCCAUUACUUCAACCAAUUACAUCAGUGGAGAAACCAGAGUCUUUGGAGCAGAAUGCUAGAUUAUUUGUUUUGUUUUGUAUGUGUGUGUGUUUUCUUUUUUAUUUAGUUAUAAUAUAAAAGGGAAAAGACAAUGUACAUCCCAUAAGUUGGGAACCUGAGCUUACCUGGGUCUUUGAGGGACACCAUGUUCACGUUCUUCGUCUUGGACGUUCAGGAGGAAAGUAGGUCUGAACUUUGAUGUUUGAAAUAAAAGGAACAAACUGAUGGAAUGAUCUCGAACUCUAGUAUUCCAAUUUUCUCAAGUCUAUUAAAAGAACUAAACUCUACAUCGAAAAGAAAAUGUUUAAAACAGUUUGUGAAAAUGUCUAAAUAUUUGAAUCUCAUCCCAGUGCUAAAACAGGUGUGUUUUCCUAAUAAUCAUCCCGAAGAAAAAAAAUAAAUAAAAGAAAAAAGAACGUAAAUGAUCAGUGAAUCAGAUUCCAGGGAGCAGAUUUUCCUUUGUUAUUAAUAAACACAACAAAAUGUGAUUUGGUUAACAAUCAAAUAUCUCCUUCACAUACUGGAAUAUCUCUUUUUAGUCAGAUAACUUUGAUCAUGUUUGAAUUAUUUUGAUUUCCUUCAUCCAUCAUUGAGGAUGUUUGUAGUCUGUACUCACUCAAAGACAUCAGUUUUAUUUCACUGUUCCAUUUCUAUGUGUUUGUGUGCUUGUUGGAGUGUCUUCAUUAUUUUUGUUGGUCUGUUUUAGUUGCAUUUCUUCCCUGUUCUUAUUCAAUGUUCUAAUGUUACACUAAAUGUUCCAGUGACAUGAAUCUGCAUAUGUGUAUAUUAACAGAA